AUGGGAAUAACACAGAUAAAGGAGUGGUAUAAUCGCUUCAAGCAAGGACAAAUCUCAGUUGAGAGCAAGCCACGGUCAGGCAGGCCAUCCACCAGCAGAAACGAAGAAUUCGUUGAAAAUGUUCGUCGAAUAGUGGAGGACGACUGUCGUAUAACCAUCAAAGAAAUUACUGAAGAAGUAGGAAUAAGCACAGGAUCAGUUCAUAUAAUUUUAACGGAAGAUUUGGCCAUGCGACGAGUGUCUGCUAAAUUCGUUCCCAAGUUGCUGGUGGAACAGCAGAAACAACUCCGCCUGGAAAUUGCACAAGACCUACUUGAUCCAAGCUUAUCUGGCCAAACAUAA